AUGUCUGGUAAAGACAGCCAUGUCCAGGAUGAUAUCCUGCGGCACAGCCUUGAGAACCCUGAGGAGUUCUGGGCGAACCAGGCUGAGCAUCUCUACUGGCACAAGAAGCCCAGCUCAACACUAAAGCUUACAGCCAAGAAGCUCAAGAGCGGCAUUGAGCACGACAGCUGGGAGUGGUUUCCCGGCGGCGAGAUUUCUACCUGCUAUAACUGCGUGGACCGCCAUGUUGAGGCUGGACAUGGCGAUGAGGUUGCCAUUUACUUUGACAGCCCAGUCACCCAGGUCAAGCAAAAGUACACAUACCGCCAGCUGCUGGAGGAGGUUGAGGUCUUUGCGGGAGCUCUGAAAGAAGAUGGCGUGCGCAAAGGAGAUGUGGUAAUGCUUUACAUGCCCAUGAUUCCCGCUGCUCUGAUCGGCAUUCUGGCCGUGAACCGCCUCGGUGCCAUCCACUCCAUCGUCUUCGGCGGCUUUGCCCCCAAUGCCCUCGCUCAGCGUAUCGACUCAUGCAAGCCCGUCGCCCUCUUGACGGCCUCAUGUGGCAUUGACGGCAACAAGCCUCCUAUCCCAUAUCGCCCACUCGUCGAGGAGGCCUUCAAGCUAGCCACUCACAAGCCGCGCCGGACGUUUAUUUGGCAGCGUGAACAGGUUCCCUGGGCACCCACAGACCGCAGCGCGGGCCAGGCAUCCUGGCAGAAAGUCAUGAACAGCGCACGUUCAAGAGGCAUCAAGGCCGAGUGUGUCCCUGUAAAGAGUGCUGAUCCAGUCUACAUUAUCCACACAUCCGGCACAACAGGCACGCCCAAGGGAGUUCGGCGAGACGCUGGAGGCCAUGCUGUUGGUCUACACCUCUCGAUUAGCUACCUGUUCAAUAUCCACGGGCCGGGCGACGUUGUCUUUACGGCGUCGGAUAUCGGUUGGGUAGUUGGCCACUCGUACAUCGUCUACGCACCGCUGCUGGCUGGCGCUUCUACUAUCAUUUAUGAAGGCAAGCCAAUCGGAACACCAGACGCUUCGGCCUUCUGGCGCAUUGUCGAGGAAUACAAGGUUAACACCAUGUUCACUGCCCCAACGGCCCUGCGCGCCAUCAAGCGCGAUGAUCCUGAUAACAAGUUUCUGGCCAAGGUUGGAGAGCGAGGUGGCCUCCGCACACUCAACGCCCUGUUCCUAGCCGGAGAACGUUCAGAGCCAAGCAUCAUAUCCAUGUAUCAGGAUCUCCUAGACAAAUAUGCUGCGCCAUCCGCUCAUGUCAUCGAUAACUGGUGGUCCACGGAGACUGGCUCUCCCAUGACGGGUCGUGCUCUCGUCCCCCAUGCGGGUCGCGACCGCAAAGCCAAGACUCGUCAUGAUCCUCCUCGCCUCAAACCCGGCAGUGCUGGCAAAGCCAUGCCUGGGUUUGACAUCCGCGUCGUAGAUGAUGAGGGCCGCGAGGUUGACAGAGGCACCAUGGGCAAUAUUGUGCUGGGAAUGCCAUUGGCGCCGACUGGGUUCCGCACUCUAUGGGACGAUGAGGAGAGAUUUUACAAGGGCUACUUGAAGAGAUUCCAAGGAAAGUGGCUUGAUACUGGAGACUCGGGCUGGAUUGAUGCCGAGGGCUAUGUACAUGUCAUGAGCAGGAACGACGAUGUGCUGAAUGUGAGCGCACAUCGGUUGUCGAGUGGUGGUAUUGAACAAGCUGUGACUUCGCACCCUCUCGUUGCCGAAGCCUGCAUCGUGGGUGUCCCUGACGCCGUAAAGGGCCAGCUGCCUUUUGCUUUCAUCACUCUCUCUACCCCAUCUCACCCAACAGCUGCAGUCCCUGACGAGAAGCUGGCUGCUGAGAUUCAGGCCCUUACACGCUCCGGCAAGACUCUUAGGCGUGUAUUGAGGGAGCUGCUGGAGAAUGCCGCCAAGGGCCAGUUUGACAAAGAAGUCGCGGUACCGAGCACUGUGGAGGAUGCGGCUGUUGUGGAUGUGGCUAGACGUAAAGUAAAGGAGUAUUUUGAUACUGUGGGCGAGAAACACGCCGCUAUUGAGGAGGGCAUAAAGGCGAAGCUGUAA